AUGGACCAAAACCAAAAGCAGCUAGCCUCCCCACAUCUUUCAUGGGGACUCCGCCUCUUCCUGUCCUCCUUUUCCUUCGCCGUAGACGCCUCUCGCCGCUCAAACGGCACUCUCAACCGUCGUUUCAUCAACCUCCUGGACUUCAAAUCCCCUCCUCUAACCAAACCUCACAAAAACCUCAAAAGCUCGGACGUCAUCGUCGACUCUUCCCGCAACCUCUGGUUCCGCCUCUACACUCCCACCGCCUCCGCAUCCGCCACCACCCUUCCCGUCAUCGUCUUCUUCCACGGCGGAGGGUUUGCGUUCAUGGCCGCCAACUCAAAACCUUACGACGACUUCUGCCAGAAACUCGCUCGCGAACUCCCAGCCGUCGUGGUCUCCGUCAACUACCGCCUCACUCCUGAGCAUCGGUAUCCGUGCCAAUACGACGACGCAUUCGACGUCUUGAAAUUCAUGGAGAACGCCGGCCACUGCUUUGAGGGCGCGAAUCUCAAACAAUGCUUCCUCGCGGGAGACAGCGCGGGUGGAAACAUAGCGCACCACGUUGCACUCAGAUGUAGCGGACACGUGUUCCAGAAUCUGAAGGUUGUUGGGAUCUUGUCGAUCCAGCCGUUUUUCGGAGGAGAGGAACGGACGGAACCCGAAAGGAGGCUGGUGGGAGUGCCGGUAGUGAAUUUGGAGCGGACAGACUGGAUGUGGAGGGCGUUUUUGCCGGAAGGGUCGGAUCGGGAUCACCCGGCGGUGAACGUGUUCGGACCCAAAUCGGAGGAUAUAUCGGGGUCGGAUUAUCCGUCGACGAUUGUGUUCGUGGGAGGAUUUGAUCCGCUGCAAGAGUGGCAGAAGAGAUACUACGAGGGGUUGAAGAAAAGCGGGAAAGAAGCUGAGCUGGUGUAUUAUCCGAACGCCAUUCAUACUUUCUAUGGUCAUCCGGAGUUAGAAGAGUGUGCUGCUUUUUUUAACAAAGUCAAAGACUUCGUGCAAUUGCAAAUUGUAAGCAGACGGAACAUAAAAUAG